AUGUGGGCAGUAGAUCUGUCUACUAUCGAUAAACAUGUACUCAAUGAAUAUUGUCAAAUAUUUUUACCAAAAAUUAGACGUCAUAUAAAAAGUAUUAAAUUUGAUGAUAAAAAUAUUCAUCGUAUCAUUCCAAUAUCAACAACAUACCCAAAUAUGUGUUCUCUUUCAAUAACAGAUAUCGGCAUAGGUGGAAAAUAUUUAUCUUAUUUAGAAUUAUUUAAACAGUUAGUUAGUUUAGAAUUACAUUUUGAUAGACAACAAUGUGAUGAAAAUAUACCAAAUGAUGUAUACUCAAAUUUAUUUCGGUCAAAUUCUCAACUUCAAAUAUUAUUACUUAAUAAUAUUUGCAUAACGAUUAAUGAUAAAAGUAUUCAUCCGUGUUUCAUUAAAAAGCUAAGAAUAGAUUUACGGUCUCUGUAUGAUUUAUUUAUUUUAUUAAACAAUUUACCAUCAAUUGAAUAUGUAAAUGUUGGAAUACGCAACGUUAUCGAACGACACAAUGACAAAAAUUUUAAAAAAUUCUCAUCAUUGUCAAGAUUGAAAGAAUUUAUUUUUUUCACUAUUCAGAUCGUAAAUUAUCGUUCUCUCGAGUUGUUAUUGUCUCAGUGUUCUGCUUUAGAACAUUUAUCGUUGGAUUUAGAUAGUACUCAGUUUAUUGAUGGUUAUCGUCUAGAAACUAAAUUGUUAGCGAAAUUAUCGAAAUUGAAAAGAUUUCAUUUUUGUCUUCGUAUUCUAAAUCCUUAUCUAAUGAACAUUGACAAUUAUGUUGAAACUUUUAAGUCAUCCUACUGGCUUAAUCAUCCUAUUUUAUGUUUUAAAAUAGUAUUACGUCGUAGUUAUUAUUGCGUUUUUUCAUUACCUUUUGCCUUUCAUCAUUUCCUUUCGUUAUCAAGUAAUAUCACCAAUUAUCGAUCGAAUAUCGAUGAUAUUUCUAUAUGUAGUAAACAAAAUAAAUUAAAAGAAAUUGGUUUAUAUGAUACAUAUGAGCCAUUUUCAUUAGGAACAUUUCAAUUUAUUAAACAAACAUUUCCAUUAAAUGUUGAUUUAGAAGAUAUUAAAUCCUUGUUUCCAAAUGCUAAAAUAAUGCAAUGA